AUGUCGAUUUCGAAAGAACAGUUGAGAAAGGAUGUGGAAAUAUUUGAGUCAUUUUUGAAAGAUAUAUGGUAUUCUAGACAAAAUUUCCAAGAACGUAUUCAACCUGUUGAAGGGGAUCCCAGUCUCUACCUUGAAAAUAUGUCAAGCGAUGGAUAUUGGGGUGAUCAUAUCACCUUGCAAGCAGCAGCAAAUCUGUUCGGUGUGGUUAUAAAUGUGCUAGAUGUUACUACAUCUACAAGCACUAUCAAUUUGGUUGAAAUUAGGCCUCAAGGGGAACAAAACGAAGACCCACCACAACUCUGGAUAAGUUUAUGGGACAACUUACAUUAUACGUCCUUAGAAGAGAACUUUUAA